AUGGCCUCCAUGGAUAUGGAGAUUCUUAGUUGGAAUUGCAAAGGAAUCUGUAACGAUAAUACUAGGAGGGCUUUGAAGGAUCUCAUCUCUCAAAACCGCCCUCAAAUUGUUUUCCUUUGUGAAACCAAAAUUAGCCUUUUAUCUGAUUUCAAGGCUCUUCAUGCAACAUUAGGGUUCCCUCAUUCUCAUGAGGUGCUAAGUGACGGUCAAUCUGGUGGUUUGGGAAUGUUUUGGAGUGAGGAUGUGACGGCCACGAUUGGAACUGUUUCUGCACACCAUAUGGAUUUGUUUAUUGAUUGCGGGGUUGAUAACCCUAGAUGGAGAUUGACGGGUUUCUAUGGCUAUGCUCGCACGGUCGAGCGAGAUCGAUCAUGGCAAUUGUUACGGGAGUUAAGCGACUUGGAUACCUUGCCAUGGGUCGUCAUAGGGGAUUUUAAUGAAAUUCUCAAUAGCAGUGAAAAGAAGGACGGUCCAGUUCGAGAGGAGAGGCAGAUGAGAGGCUUCCGUGAUGCCCUAGGGUAUGGAGACUUGCUGGAUCUAAGGUUUCAGGGACCUCAAUCUACGUGGUGGAAUUCAGAGACACAACUCCGUUUAGAUAGAGCGGUGUGCACGCCGACUUGGUGUGAUAUUUAUGGCCAUGCUCGUUUGCGGCACCUGCCACCUAGUGACUCUGAUCAUGUCCCAAUCUUGUUGCAUGCUAGCACGGUGCCUCUGGUAACGAGGACAAGGCAUCAUCGUUUCUGGUUCAAAGCGUACUGGUUACAGGAUACUGAAUGUGAUGGCAUUGUGGAGACAGAAUGGGCUAGGGAUAUUUCUGGAUCACCCAUGUACCAAGUAACACUACACCAAAAACUGCAUCACACGACGGUGAAAAAACGUCGUCUGAUUUGA